CCCAACCAACACACUGACAGCACGCUGUGUACGUGCCUGUGACGUUGCUAGACGUGUGCCGAACGUUGCGACGCUGUUUCGCGGACGAUUUUUCUUGGUCCUUCCGAAUCUAGGUCUACCGAAAUUAGGUAGAAGUCUCGGCUACAAAGCAUGGCAAAGAAAACUGCAAUUCUGGUGAUCGCUGAUGGAUCGGAGGAAAUGGAAGCUGUGAUUACCGUCGAUGUCCUACGGCGUGCCGGGAUCGCCGUCACUGUAGCUGGUGUAUGGGAUGCCAAUUGUGUCAAGUGCAGCCGAGACAUUAAGAUCUGCACAGAUGCCAGGUUUACUGAUGCCACUUGCGAUAAGUCUUACGAUAUUGUUAUAUUGCCUGGUGGCCUUAGUGGAUCUAAGGCGCUCGCAUCUUCGGUGGAAGUUGGAAGGUUGUUAGAAGAGCAGGAUAGGGAGAACAAGUUAAUAGCGGCUAUCUGCGCAGCACCCAUAGCUUUGAAGGCUCAUAAUAUCGGCAAAGGGAAACGGAUUACCUCCUACCCGACUAUGAAGAAUGACUUGUGUAAUGAUUACAAAUAUGUUGAGGAAAAAGUGGUGAUUGAUGGUAACAUUAUAACAAGCCAAGGACCAGCAACGGCUUUUGAUUUUGGCCUAACUAUCGUUGAGAUAUUAUUGAACAAGGAAACAGCCCUCACGGUGGCAAAGGCGAUGCUAUAUGAAAACUAUAAAUAAAAUUCCCCAAAUUUUGCUUUAUAGCCUUGGUUAUAAAGUUCCCUGGUGUAUAAGUUUGAUGUAUUCGGUGUGUUUGAUUUUAGGAAGAUUCAUAUACUUCUAAACGCACACAUACAAAAAAUGUAGUUAUUACAAACAAGAAGUUAUAAUGAUAUAUGUACUGAAAGAUGUGGAAUUGAAAUAAUGUAUGUACCAAAACGUGGAAACUGGAAGAUGAUUAUAUACUGAAAGGUGAAAAAUAAAUUAUAUAUAAUAUGUAUCGCGAGACGCAAAUUAUAAUAAUGUUCAUGUAUUAAGAGAUGGAAAAUAAAAUAUAAUUAUAUACGUACUGAA